UCUGCUCUCACAAACUACGUUCUCUCUCAGAUUCCACAACCACCGUCGUUUCGCCGGAAAAUGGCUUUGUUGCACCAGAACCACUGACAACUCCAGCUAUUAUGGGCUACGAUGAACAACUCAAACCGUGCCGGAAUAACUUGCCGGAAUCCUCCAAUCCCCGGCGAGUCGUCAACCUUAUUUCAUCCCUAAUCUCCCUCUCCCUCUCGAUUAGGGUCUUCGCCGGAAAAUGGCAACUGAUUCGCAACAAGCUUGAGGAGCUGUACUCCGGUCUAGUCGGAGCCGACGACGACCCUUCACUCUCCGGCGUUCUCCCUGCGAUCCUCUCCACCGCGGAGGAGUGUUCCGACCUAGCUCGCCGCUGCACCGAUCUGACAUACAGCGGGAAGCUUCUUAUGCAGAGCGACUUAGAGGUGGUUUUCGCGAAGCUCCAUUGCCAUGUGAAGAAGCUGUCUGAGAUGUACACGAAGGGUGUUCUCACACACAGCUACGCUCUGGUGGUCUCGAAGCCUGGACUUGGAGCUUCCAAAGAGGACAUGAGGUUCUUCGUGAGGGACCUACUCACCAGAAUGAAGGUUGGCGAUGUUGGUAUGAAGAAGCAGGCAUUGAUCAACCUCCACGAAGUUGCUUCCGAAGACGACAAGUACGUGAAGGUGAUUGUUGAAGUCGGUGACGUUGUUCAUUUUCUGGUUGAUUUUCUAGGGUCCUCUGAGUUGGAGAUUCAACAAGAGUCUGCAAAGGUAGUUUCUUUGAUUGCGGGGUUUGAUUCUUAUAAAGGAGUUCUUGUUGGCGCUGGUGUUGUUGCGCCUUUGGUUAAGGUUUUGGAGUGUUCAAGUGAGACUGGCAAAGUUGCUGCUGCCUUGUGUCUGCAGAGUUUGACUGAGAAUUCCGAUAAUGCUUGGUCGGUUUCCGCUCACGGCGGCGUCACGGCGUUGUUGAAGAUUUGUGGCGGUGUAGAUUGCAGAGCAGAAUUGGUUUGUCCUGCUUGUGGAGUUCUGAGGAAUCUGGUUGGUGUUGAAGAGAUUAAGAGGUUCAUGGUUGAUGAAGGUGCGGUUUCAAGCUUCAUUAAGCUUAUGAGGUCAAGGGACGAAGCGAUUCAGGUGAGUUCCAUUGAGUUUCUUCAGAGUAUUGCAUCCGGAGAUGAGUCAUUGGUUAAGCAGAUUGUUGUUAGAGAAGGCGGGGUUCGUGUUUUGCUGCGACUUUUGGAUCCUAAAUGGCCUUGUUCUUCCAAAACAAGAGAGGUAGUGAUGAGGGCUAUUGAGAAUUUGUUCUUCUCUUGGUCUAGUUGUGUCACUAUUUUGAUGAGCUAUGGUUUUGUGGAUCAAUUGAUGUACUAUAUUCGAAACGGCGACGUUUCUGUUCAAGAAUUGGCUCUCAAAGUUGCGUUUAGAUUGUGUGGAACAUGUGAAGAUGCUAAGAAAGCUCUAGGUGAUGCUGGAUUCAUGGCAGAGCUUGUUAAGUUUCUAAAUGUGAAAUCAUUCGAGGUUCGAGAAAUGGCGGCCGAGGCACUCUCCGGGAUGGUUAUGGUUGCCAAGAACAGGAAGAGGUUUGUGCAAGAUGAUGAAAGCAUUGCUCUUCUUCUGCAGUUGUUGGAUCCAGAGGAGGGGAAUUCAGGUAACAACAAGUUCUUGAUCUCUGUAUUGAUGUCAUUGACGCAUUGCAACAGUGGGAGGAAGAAGAUUGUGAGUUCUGGGUAUGCUAAGAACAUAGAGAGGCUUGCAUCAGAAUCUCAAGUUUCUUCUGCUGAAGCAAAGAGACUUGUCAGGAAGCUAUCCACCAAUACAUUCCGCACCAUGCUCAGUGGAAUCUGGCACCACCACCACCACCACCACCACCACUCUUGAAUGUAAUUCUUUUGAAUCUUUAACUGAUUAUUUUUUACAUCAUGUCAUUCUAAGCUGUGCUAAUUUUCUGUUUCCACUUUUUUUCAAAUUUUAUUUGCCUGGCACAUGACAAGAGUAGUACAGGCUCUCUGUUGAGAUUGUAACAAGAAUUAGUGAAGAAAAAAGAAGUUAUAUUGUUAAUUAUAUGAUGAUAUAAAAGAAUGUAAUUACUAUUUACUAA